AUGAUCAACCUUUCGAUUUUCUUGAUUAUUCCUGUUGUAUUUUCCUCACCAAUUCAACAUCUAACUGAUUCUUCUACCACAACAGAACCUUCAAUAUUUCAAGAAAUUGAGAAACCUAGAACAAUCUGUUAUCGAUUCUUGCAUUCUCUUCUGAACGCAGCAAAAUCGAAUGAUUAUUCGAUUUUCAACGUAAACUUCCAAGGCAACAUCUAUGUGAACAAUGAACUUGACUAUACAUUGAGCAAAGAAGAAUUUUUCCAAAGUUUCCUUUACAUUCCACAAAGUAACUCGACGAUUGAGGAUUCCUUUCCACCUUUAAACACAACGUUCGGAGUAUACGGUUCAAGUCAAAAAUAUGGGCAGUUUUUGAAUCGGACCUGAGGAAUCGGACCAGGUCCGAUUAAUCGGACCCGAUUUUGAAGGUUGUUGGAAUCGGACCAGGGACACAAUUUUCCAAUAGGAAUCGGACCACAAAAAAGGCGGACCAUCUUGUGUUUUUUGAAUCGGACCAGGCAAAAAAUCGGACCAGGCAAAAAUCGGACCAGGCAAAAUCGGACCAGGUGGAAUCGGACCAUGUAAGAAAAAAUCGGACCAGGCAAAAAUCGGACCAGGCAAAAAUCGGACCAGGUGGAAUCGGACCAUGUAAGAAAAAAUCGGACCAGGCAAAAAUCGGACCAGGCGAAAUCGGACCAGGUGGAAUCGAACCAGGUAACAAAAAAUCGGACCAGGUAAAAUCGGACCAGGCAAAAAUCGGACCAGGCAAAAUCGGACCAGGCAAAAUCGGACCAGGUGGAAUCGGACCAGGUAACAAAAAAUCGGACCAGGCAAAAAUCGGACCAGGCAAAAUCGGACCAGGUGGAAUCGGACCAGGUAACAAAAAAUCGGACCAGGCAAAAAUCGGACCAGUUUUUCUGGGCGCUUACUAA